CUUAAAAUGAAACUAUUGCGAAUACUUGCUAAAAAUACAUAAUUGCAAAAAUAUUUAAAAAAGAAAAAAAAAACAAUGUGUUAAAAUUGUGACGAAAUUAAGUAUGGCUGGAAAUUCUCCUCAUAUAGCGCCGUACCAAAGUUACGGAAUCUCUUCUUCAGCGCUAGGCGAAGUGCAAUCCAACGGAUCUGAAAUUAUGGCCAACGUUACGGAUGCUGAAUAUUUGUUCACUGUUGACUCCACUUCCCCCCUUCCACCAACAUUCCAGGACCAAUUAAUUAAAACAGUAGUACUUGUUGUUCUCUUUACCAUAUCAUUAAUAGGAAAUACAGCGACUUUAAUUCAAAUGUACCGUGUUCGCAAACGGCGCUCCACGAUAAAUACACUCAUUGUGAAUUUGGCAAUAGCGGAUCUCAUUGUUACUUUCUUUUGCAUGGCAGCGGAAGCUAUUUGGGCAUUGACAGUCCAGUGGGUGGCAGGCGUGGCCAUGUGCAAGAUGCUGCGCUUCAUACAGGGGACGGGGCUUUUAGUGUCCACGUACAUUACUGUUGUGAUUAGCCUAGAUAGGUGCUGUGUAAUUACUGACCCAAUUAGCCGGAACAAGGCUCCACAGAGGGUGAAAAUAAUGAUCAUCAUGUCGUGGUUCCUCAGUGCCUUAUUUAGCGUACCCCAGGCUUUGCUAUUUAGCGUACACAGAGGCCCUUUUAAAGAAGAUUUUUACCAGUGUGUUGAUAUCCUAGGGUAUCCAAGCCCGGCCUACAAGAAACUGUACAACAUCUUCUGUAUGCUCAUCCAGUUUUUUCUGCCUCUGACUCUAAUGAUCAUAGCCUAUGGUCUUAUCCUCUUCACAAUAUCCCGCAAGUCCAAAGAGUUUGGGGAACCUGAGAAUGUUUCCAAUUCUUCUGACCAACGAGAACACAACGGAAGAAGCCAUGUGCGCAGUGGUCUUUUGCGCAAAGCUAAAAGAAAAGCACUACGCAUGUCCGUUUUUAUUGUCAUAGCGUUUUUCAUUUGUUGGUUGCCAUACUAUGUAGUUUUCACCGGAUUUGCAUUUGGACACUGGACUACAUUGAAUCCGUCCGUCAUGAGCGGGUUGACGUUUGUAGGACUUACGAAUUCGAUACUGAACCCCAUAAUCUACGGUGCAUUCCAACUUUGCAAGGUGCCUAAUAAUCCAAGGUCCUGGAAAAAAGAAAACGUACCAGGUAUUAUCAGUAGAGCCCCCUGUUUACGGCGGCACCCAAAAGACAUGUAUCACCGCCGUCUGAGUAACAGGUCAACCAAGAGGACCUCCCUGCGGUCCAGAUGACGCUCGGUCGUACGGCGUCGGCCCCAACGAAACAUUGGUCCGCGGCUCACGGCACUCCCAUGUCUUGCUCUGUCGAAGAAGUUGACUCGACCUAAGACAUGAGUUGAACAUUUCAAAUAUUAUAUCUUAGACUACUGUUGCCAGAGGUGAAGGAUUUAACAUGUCCGUACAACAUUUGACUUCUGUUUUUUCUACCCUAUCCUU